AUGGAUGAAGAAGACAGCCAGGAUGAGCUGAUCAACCAGAAUGCCUCCCACGGAAAAGAAAAAAGGCCUGCGGUGUGGGCAAUCUCAGGUAUGGAAUCAUAUUCCUACAUGAAUACCCUAAGGAGUGAAUCUUAGGAGGCUUUCACACCGAAUUGGUUUGUAGCGGUUUUUCCGAACUCUGGUGCGUUUACCACCUUAGUUCGGUUGGACUGGUGUGAACACACUAUCCGCACUUGGGAGCGCAGUAAACCACGAAACGUGGUUCGCUCAAAAAUGGUUGUCUCGGUCAGAUUGAAUUCGUACUGUGGUGCGGUUCGCUGCAGGUUAGAACGCAGUCCGGACCAAACACAGGAAAAUAACCGGAGUCGCGCAGUAUUAUUGGUUAUUUGACUGCGAGCAUUUGAUGAAAUGCAUGCAUCAUCAUAACUUUAUCUUUUAAACAUUCAGUGAGUAUAGCAGCAUCAGAUGCAGAUUAGGGGAGACUGGGGCUAUACUGGGGAUACAGGCUACUGUAUAGCCCUUUCACGUCGCAGUUAGAGCGGCUAUUGCGCUGUUUCCUCCCGCAUGUUGUUUUGAGACCAAAGCUAAAGUAAUAUGAAGAUUGUGACACAAGUGAUGCUUCAUGAUAAUCAAAGAUAAAUGCUCACGUUAAAUCUUUCUCCAAUAAACAAAUUACUUGCAUGGACACGUGGUUUUGUUUAGGAAUUUUAGUUUUUUUGACAUUUGACAAUGUGGAACGAACCGGACCAAAACAAUUAAAUAAACAAUGUAACAAAUAAUCAAAUUCUGAUUCGAACUAUAGCUCAAAACUAUGUGUGAAAACUUCCUUAGUGAUUGGCUCAAGCACCCCUCACUACUGGUAUUGGAAAUAAUUGGAUUACUUACUCAUCUACUUUUCUUUGUCAACUUACAGAUGAAGACAGUGAUGAAGAUGGGGAGGAAACUGAGGAGGGAACUUCUGACAGUGGUGAGGAGGAGGAAGACCACCUUGAUGGAGAGGAAGACGAGGAGGAGGAAGAAGAGGAUGACAGUGAUGGUGAGAGACUAUGGAGAUGUAGUAUUUUGUAUUCAUGGGAAAGAAUCUGAAAUGGUCCAUGGUACACUUUUAGUAGCCAAGGUAUAGACCUACCACUUGAGUUUCAUAACUUCUGAUCAUACAACAUUCUCAGAUGGAGAAGAGGGCGCGGUGGGGGGAGCGUCUGCUGACUUGGCAGGUCUGAGCUCAGACGAGGACACAGAGAAAUGCCCCAUUUGCCUCAACUCCUUCCACAGCCAGCCCGUGGCCACGCCAGAGAGCUGCGAACACUACUUCUGCCUCGACUGCAUCCUUGAGUGGUCCAAGGUGGGUGGGUGACAUCAGAGGGGACAAGAAGAGAGGUCAAGGGGUCAAAGCUUUUUAUUCACUUCAGUGUUAGUACAGACACAAAAUUAUGAUAUUUUCGGAAGAACUAGAAGACAGUCACCCGUCAAAUUCAUUAGCGUCACUGGAACCAUGGUCCAAAGACACCGCAGCUUUCACUUUCAGUCCUAUAAACUGAGGUUUUGUUAAGACGGACAGUAGUGAUAUGUUAGUGUGUCCAAAUGUUGUGCAUCCAAUCGUGUUUUGUUCUUCCCUCAGAAUGCAAACUCCUGUCCUGUGGACAGAAUAGUCUUCAAUAACAUCUACCUGAGAAAAUGUUAUGGCGGGAAAGUGCAGAAAAUGGUGAGUUAAAAAAUGUCUGACUUCCUCUUGGUGAAUGUAUUUUAUUUGGUCUUGAUUUAAUGUUGUGCAUGAUGUUUCUGAAUGUAUUGUUGGGGGGGGUCUCUGAGAGGUAGAGAAGUAGCUACUACGUAUGGCGUGUGUAUUCCUCAUGAAGGGUGUUUGAGUUAUUUUGUGGCAAAGACCAUUAUGGUUUAAGCAUUGUAUAUCCAAAUAUGGAUCAUGCAUGGGAGCUGCAAACAGUCAGCAGACAAUCACUUUCUUCUCAUUGCUCUAUGUGCAUGAUGGUUGAGUGCAGAUCACAGUGCAGAAACCAGUGAAGGAGGGCCAGGAGGAGGUGAUAGACCUGGAGCUGGAACAGACCAGCUGUGAGGUGUGUGGAGGGAGCGACCGUGAAGACCGCCUGCUGCUCUGUGACGGCUGUGAUGCUGGGUGAGACAAGUGACACAUGCCACCUAUCUUUCUGGGAUUGUUCCUGAUUAAUCAUAAAAUCCAGAUUUUAUGACAUCAGGAAUACAUUUAUCUUUAUCUGAUCAUUCAAAUGAACCCUUUUGGUUUUCCCUGGUUUUUAUUUUCUGAUCAUAUCCAUGUUAAUACCUCAUUCCUACCCCUCCAUUUCUGUGCUCCAUGGAAGGUACCACAUGGAGUGCCUGACCCCCCCGCUGGAUGCAGUCCCUGUGGAGGAAUGGUUCUGCCCAGAGUGUCAAGCCAACAACCGCCAUUCAAGUAAUCAUACUCAGUACUGACUCAUUACAUCUUCAUCUGAGGAAUACUUUGACGAUCCUCUUUGUAAUAAGCAGUACAGGUAAGUCCUUUUACCAAGAUCCCAGAGUUCAUCAAUGUUCCUGCUCCUCAGGGGGUUCAGUGGAAGUGCAGAGCGACACGGAGAGUCUGAGCAGCACCCGUCCCACAACCAGCCGCUCCCACCUCCCCACGGCGGGCCCCACCCGGGCCAUCGCCCGCACCCAGCAGAGCGAGAGGGUUCGCGCCAGUGUCAACCGCCAUCGCAUCACCCAGGCACGCAUUGCACAGGUUUGGCGUGAGGCGUGUUGCUUCCUACUGGCUUCUCUGUUCUCCCUCACUACCCUCCGCUCCUCGCCACUAGUGUCAACAGCCCUUACUCUGUAUCACUGACUGAGUAGUAUUGAUAUGAAUGCUGUAAUCAAAGAUUAUUUAGUGAGCAGCAUGAUAAUGUACUUAUGAAAAAUGAAGUUACCCAUGUUUUCUCUCCUGGGUUGAAACGUGUAUGAUGAGUAUGUCUAUGUAGUAUGGUAUUACAUAACAUUUGGUUAAUGAUGACAAUAUGUUAUUUUGUCUUGUUUGAAUGCGCUCCUUGCACCAAGUAACAUUUGACCUGCAGGUCUAGAAUAGCGAGCCAGAGAGUGGUGGUUCUUUAGAGUGAUGCUGCAGGCUGCCUCAUCAGACGGCUGUGAAGGUCAUGUCAAGUAAAGCAUGUCCAAAUAGACAGCAGAGAAUCAGUAGAGUGAUGCAGUGUUCCUCUGGUCUCAGAUCUCCCCCAGCUUUCUGAUGCCACAGUCCACCUGGCUGGAUGAGACUAUCAACGCAGUGGUGGCUGGACUCAACACAGCUGUGUACAUACGGAACCUCACAUCCCGCGUUCCAUCCAGCCGACGACGCAGGACAGGUGACAACACACACACACACACACACACACACAGCCUACUUGGAUUUUUUAAAGAGAUGCAUUUGCUUUGUGCCCACAGUAAAGCGUAGGAAAGGCAAGAGUAAGAGGUCAUCGUCUGCCACGGGUGGUAAGGGCAAAGCUGCAGGCACCGGGGUGAAGAGGAGGAAACGGAGAGUGAGGAGGACCAAGUCCAGAAGGAAACUGGUGAGAAUUCAAAUUUAACAAGUAUAACAUGAAAGUAUAGUACCUAUAACAAAAUGACAGAAUCAGUGCUCAUUUUCAAUCUGUGUGUGUGGUCCUAGGUGGUGAAAAAGGAACCUACGUCUCGUGGUCGUAUAGCCCGGAGCCUGGGGAUAGGGAAGCCCAAACGGGGCUCGUCCCUUCCCUCUGUGUACCGGCCUACAGAAACCACUCUGGGCAGUAUGAGGGCUGACAUAGGAGCUGCUUCGCUCUCUGUCUAUGGAGACCCCUACGAUCUGGACCCCUUCACUAGCAGGUCUGUCUCAGGCACAACUAUAAGAUAACAUAGUACUUUAUUUAUCCAGAGAGUGGAAAACACUGAACAUAUAGACAACAAUAAUGGACCUCAAUACGGUUCUGAAUGUUGAUUGGCUGUUUAAAUCCCACCCCAGGGAUGAUGAGGAGGAGCAAGCCUUGGCCACGACAUCACUGCUGGAGGCAAAGAGGCGUGGCUUAUCUCGCUCCGCCCUCCUCUCGCACCAGCCUGUGGCUCGACCAAUCACUGCUGGCCUCUCCAGGUACCCCUUCUCAUCUCCUUCCACAUGUUAUCUAGCUCACAUCCUUCAAUAUGGUACAUGUCUGACCUGUGGUUGCCAUGGUGUUGUAGGCGGGGGCCGAGCCUGCCCCAGUUGGAGGAGGUGGCGGAGGUGGCCCCAGUGCCUGACCUGCUGGGCAGCAUCCUGUCAGGACAGAGCAUGCUGCUGAUGGACAGUUCAUACGUAGUCAUUAACAGAGACGGAUCCCUCAAGGAUAACAAACCAUGUGAGCUGGCUGCUAGGGUUUCUUCCUUUCUUUAGUUCAAGCUCUUGUCAUUUGUUUUUCUUUCUUUCUCUUAGUAUUUUUCUUGUACCGUAUCUAAUACCUGACUAUUUAAGAACUAGUGAACGUUUUUUUGCUUGUCAACCAUUGAUUUUGAAGUCUGUUGGAUUCUGUGUGUUACACAGCAAACUUUUUUUAGUUAUGUUGAGUAAAUUGUCUUGUGUUUGUGUUGUAGUGGGUUUGUCGUCUUCCAUGCCCGGCAGCAGUAGGAGCAGCAACUCUGGUGAAUCAGUAGCCCAGCUCCAAUCAGGGAUGUCCCCUAACACAGCAGCCAGCUCCCUUUCUCUUCCCAUUAACGGAGACCUGGUAGCAGGACCUUGCCUGUCCCCUCUAACCCCCUCAUCCCCCCGCCCGGCCACUUAUCCACCUCCCAUCCUGAGUCACCCACACCUCCACUUCCCUGCCCCCUGUAGACCCAGCCCUUGUCCUGGACACAGCCACUCGGAGGCCACUGGUGUACGACCCCCCCAUGGGACCCAGAGGGCAGCCACCAACACUCCUACCCCAGACUCUCACUCCAGAGGGAGGGAGACGGUGCCACCACAGCCCCAGGCUAAGAAGGCUUCUCCUAAACCAGUAUGGGAAGCACCAGUAUCGGUGCUUCCCAGGAUACCAAAGAUAAAACAGAGCGGUGGCCUAACGAAUGGCAGCGCCAGCAGAGGGGGUAGUAGUAGUAGUAGUAGUAGCAGCAGUGCUAAUGGUAGUGGUAGUAAUGGAUUCCCUGAUGCCUGUGUGAACAGCUUGGGUGGGAACAGGGGCAGGCAGCAAAGUGUGGACCAGCAGCAGGGCAGGACAGAGGGACAGAGACCAGACAGAGCAGGCCCUUCCUCAGCCUUCUCCAGCUCCUUCUCCUCUUCCUCCACCUCUUCUGAUUCUCCAUCUAACCCUGCCCGCACCUCUUCAUCAACAUCAUCCACGGUGUGCUUCCGGAUCAAUGCCAGCGGCAAUGCGUGGCACGCCCGACAGCUUAGCAACGCCUCUGCAAUUGUUGCCUCUGCAAUUGUUGCUGCCGGCAACUGUCUAGAACCGGCGUCCGCGGAGGAAGAGGAGGCGAAGAGGAAAAGAGCGGAGCGCAGGAACAAACAGAAUCCCCUGACGUCCUCACACACACCGGUCAAAGAGGAGAAGGAAGAGGGGGAUAUAUACGACCCCUUCCACCCAACCGGCUCAGACUCCAACGCCUCAGACAGCGAAGCAGAGAGCCAUGCUGGGGGGAAACCAACCAUGGUGCACAAGGAAGGUGCCAGCCACCAGGUGAAAGCUGAGGCACUGGAGAGUAGGGUGUCACUGGAGAGGGAUGAGGGCUCAGGAGAAGGUCUGGAGGUGAAGAGCGAGCUAGAGAACUCUGACACAGCGAAGCCUGGUCACAGCCCUCACAACGCACCCAGGUCUGGGAUGAGUGGCACCAGCACACCUCUGUCCCAGAGCCAGGUCCAUCUGAAGAGGGAGAGGAACGAGCCAGGGGAUGAGAAAGGGCAGCACAGCCAGACUGGCAACAGUAGAGAGCCCCAGAACCAGAAGACUACUCCUUCCUCAUCCAGCUCAGCCUCAAUCCACCACAGCAACAGGAUGGUGAAGACUGAGAUAAAGUCAGAGCUCCAGGACAGCCUCCCCAGGUCCCCACCCAGGUCUGAAUCACACUCCAGGCCCUCAGGCCAGGGGAGGAAAACAUCCAAAGGCAGGGGGUCUUCCACGGAGCAGCGGUCUGCCUCAAUCAGCCCGGAGGCAGGCAGGAGGAGGGGAGACAAGGCCCCGGACCAGGCAGGAAGGAGGAGACGUUAUGAGGUGGGUAGGAGAGGAGACAAGGGGGGAGAGAGGAGUUCUAGGCGUUCGGUUUCGAGGGAGAGGAGAAGGACUCGUUCCCCGUCAGACAGCUCUACCUCUGAUUUCUCGGAGAGGUCUCGCAGGAAGAAGAGACGGUCACGCUCUCCGUCCAAAGACAGGAGGCGCUCCAGGUAGUAAUGUCAUUGUGUGAUAAUGUAAAUUUUGUGUGCUGUGAUUUUGUGGUGUUUUAAUAAUAAUAUAAUAUGUAUUCUAGUAUAUUUCCUAUUAUAAUAACUAUUAUUUUGAUUAAGGUCAGGGUCAGGCUCCAGCAGCAGAGAGCGGUCCAAGAGGAAAAAGCAGAAGCGAGGGAGCAGGGAGAGGAACGAGGGCAGAGGGAGUGAAAGAGAGAAGGGCCGCCCGUCAAAGGACAAGAAGCGUGAUUGCUCACAGUCUCGCUCACGGUCCCGUUCCAGGUCCAGGGAGAGGAGGAAAGACCACUCACGAUCACAACCAUCAUCCUCCGGAUCAAAGGACAGGAUUCAGGUGCGGUCGAAAGACAGGAAGAGGCCGAAGUCCAGGUCGAGGUCCAGAGAGAGGAGGAAAGAAGAGGGGUCGUCACAGGGCACACAGAGUUCACCAGGGUCUUCCUCAACCACCUCCUCCAAAAAGCUAGAAGAACAGAAAGGGAAGAAAAAGGAGAAAGUGCUCCCCCGUGUCCCUCUGAAAGAGGAGAGAGAGGCUAAAGAAGAGAGAAAAGAGCGAGAGAUCAAACAAGAGAUGCUGUCCUCAGGACUCAAACCUCUCUCUGUCCUCUCUGUCUCAGAGGUGAAAAAUGAGAGUGACAGCAAUGACAUUAGAACAGAGAGACACGCCUCUCUCUCAGCAAAACUACUCAAGGAGUCUAAGCUGCUCAAAGAGAUAAAAAAAGAUAAACCUGCCUUUGAUAUGUUGGAAGAAUCACUGGAUAGUAAACCAAUCAAGAAAGACAAACCUCUGUCAACGUUCAGCACAGUCAAGGACUUGCAAGAGCACAAGGAGAUGGAAAAAGAACAACCUUCCGCCCUCAUAAUGGAGGCGUGCGCCGUCUCCACAUCAGACAUAGCAGAUCAAAAAGAUCAAGCGUUAAAGGAAACCAUCAAGACUGAGCCCAUCUGGCCUGAGCUGCCUCAACAACUGACCUCCAACAUCCCUGUUCCUCCCACCCAAACUGGCCAAUCCAGCCCCAGCUUCUCAACACUCAGCACCAACCCUGUCCCUGCUCCUCCUCAGGGAUGGGGCCCCCUGCAGGUGGCCCCAUCCCUGUUUCCUCCUGUACCAAAGGCCCUCACCCGGACUCCUCCACCUGUCCAACCCGUACCAGUGAACUCAGAGAAGCACGAGGUAGAGGAGCCUUCAGACUAUGACGAUGAUGACAUGGACGUGGACAUGAUGCUGGACAGCCUGGACUAUGUGAAGACGGAGCCAGGUGGAGAGAGUGGGGAGGCUGGGGUCAAACAGGAGAAGGAAGGAGAGGGGGGGGAGGAGGAGGGGAAGACUGAGGGAGAACCAGUGCCAGUCACAGCAGGUGCCAAGGCCAAACCCUCUGUGAAGAGGGUCACCUGGAACCUGCAGGAGCCAGAGGGGCCACAGCCAGAGAAGACUGGCAGUAGUGAGUAUUAUUGUACAUUUUUAUACAACUUAAGCAUACCAUAACCUGGAUUGGCCCAAUCAGAGCCAUUACGUGUUGAAUUACAUAAAUCAACCAUUUCUAGUUGACUCUUUGACUCUGGUGCAGAAAUGACCUCUAAUUCACAUAACACAGAGAGGGUCAUAGCUCUUGAGUUAAGACAAGAACAGCUAGUUAAGAUGUGUGUUGGUUUUGCCUUCGUCUCAGAGCUGGCCCUCUACAAACUGAAGCUGAAACAGGAGGGAGCUCGCAGACCUACCUCCAAUCAGGUACGGCUCAUUAGGUUGGCCUUACCUAGAUAGCUGUUUUUUGUUCUGUGUGGUGUGAGGUCAGUGCUUAGCUUCAGGCCUCUACCGUUGUAUGCUGCCUUUCUUCCCUGCUAAUGUGUAGUUAUGAUCAAUCAGUAAACUGGCAGUUCACCAUGAAAUGGCACCUAGUCACGGCAUCAUACUGGCGGCCGGUCAUGUCAAAAUCAAGUAGAUGUUCUGUUGAUCUUUACAGAUAUCUGUGAUUUAGUGCUCCUAAACCUUCAACACAAACUAUUCCUAUAAUGAACUUGCACCUCUCCUAAAAGGCCACAAGGUGGCGAAGUAUGUCCAUUUUGACUCGGAGAGCAGUUGUGGUGUGUCCGUGUAAAGCCAGUGCAGCUCACUGAAACUUAAUCUGAUAGAGGAGGGUUUUAUGGUGAAAUGAAAGUAGAAACCUUGAAAGGGAAAUCAAAUCUAAACUGGGGCAAAGGUACACAUCACAAAGGCUAUUAUGUGCUGGUAAUACCAUAACACAAUAACAACAUAUUUUCUGCUGCAUGAUGAGGCAAUAGAUGGUUGAGAUUUAUUCCCUAGUUUAUUGUUGUGGUUAGGUCAUAUUUCUGUUGUGAAUAUGAACAUGACAUUAAAUGAAAUUAAAAUUAAAAUGUUAUUAUUGUACUGUAAUUUAGCAGCACAUCAAAUUGUGUUGCUUAAUUUUAUUUAUCAACAGAAAUGCACAGUUUACGUUAACAUUAUACUUGCACACACAUCUCAAAUUGGGAUUUGUCCAAUAAUCAAAAGGCUUACAUGUGAAGAUGGCCUCAUCUAAAUCUUCCCACCUAUAGGAGGCUCCCUUGGGGGCUACGUCACUCACUGACCCCAAGGUCCAGAGCACCAAGAGGGGCAGUGUGUCCAUAACGCUCCCCAGUGCCCCCUCCAGCUCCAGCAGCCUAACCACAGUAGGGCUGUCCAAACCUGGGCAGGGGGAACCCAACGAAGACCUGGGAGAGGAUGAUGCUUCUAGGAACGAUAAGGUGAGUCAGAGGAUGAAGGAAGGACAACGGUCUUCAAAUGGAUUGAUGCACACUUGGGUGAUAUCAGUAGCAGCUGUCUAGGCCCCUUACUUUUUUCAAUCUUUACUAAAGCCAGUGUGUCUAUGUACAGUGCCUUGCAAAAGUAUUCAUCCCCCUUGGCGUUUUUCCUAUUUUGUUGCAUUACAACCUGUAAUUUAAAUUGAUUUUAAUUUGGUUUUCAUGUAAUGGACAUACACAAAAUAGUCCAAAUUGGUGAAGUGAAACCAAAAAAUUCUAAAAAAUUUAUAACGGAAAAGUGGUGCGUGCAUAUGUAUUCACCCCCUUUGCUAUGAAGCCCCUUAAUAAGAUCUGGUACAACCAAUUACCUUCAGAAGUCACAUAAUUAGAUUGCACACAGGUGGACAUUAUUUAAGUGUCACCUGAUCUCAGUGUAUAUACACCUGUUCUGAAAGGCCCCAGAGUCUGCAACACCACUAAGCAAGGGGCACCACCAAGCAAGCGGCACCAUGAAGACCAAGGAGGUCUCCAAACAGGUCAGGGACAAAGUUGUGGAGAAGUACAGAUCAGGGUUGAGUUAUAAAAAAAUAUCAGAAACUUUGAACAUCCCACAGAGCACCAUUAAAUCCAUUAUUUAAAAAAAUGGAAAGAAUAUUGCAACACAACAAACCGGCCAAGAGAGGGCCGCCCACCAAAACUCACGGACCAGGCAAGGAGGGCAUUAAUCAGAGGCAACAAAGAGACCAAAGAUAACCCUGAAGGAGCUGCAAAGCUCCACAGCGGAGAUUGGAGUAUCUGUACAUAGGACCACUGUAAGCCGCACACUCCACAGAGCUGGGCUUUACGGAAGAGUGGCCAGAGAAAGUAUUUGCUUAGUGGUUAAGAGCGUAGUGCCAGUAACCGAAAGGUCGCUGGUUCUAAUCUCAGAGCCGACUAGGUGAAAAAUCUGUUGGUGCCCUUGAGCAAGGCACUUAACCCUAAUUGCUCCUGUAAAUCGCUCUGGAUAAGAGCGUCUGCUAAAUGACUAAAAAAAUUUAAAACAUAAGGAAACACGUUUUUGUGUUUGCCAAAAGGCAUGUGGGAGACUCCCCAAACAUAUGGAAGAAGGUACUCUGGUCAGAUGAGACUCAAAUUGAGCUUUUUGGCCAUCAAGGAAAACGCUAUGUCUGGCGCAAACCCAACACCUCUCAUCACCUCUCAUCACCCCGAGAACACCAUCCCCACAGUGAAGCAUGGUGGUGGCAGCAUCAUGCUGUUGGGAUAUUUUUCAUCUGCAGGGACUGGGAAACUGGUCAGAAUUGAAGGAAUGAUGGAUGGCGCUAAAUACAGGGAAAUUCUUGAGGGAAACCUUUUUCAGUCUUCCAGAGAUUUGAGACUGGGACGGAGUUUCACCUUCCAGCAGGACAAUGACAUUUACAUUUACGUCAUUUAGCAGACGCUCUUAUCCAGAGCGACUUACAAAUUGGUGCAUUCACCUUAUAGCCAGUGGGAUAACCACUUUACGAUAUGUUUUUUUUUUCUUAUUUUCUUUGGGGUGGGGUAAGGGGGGGUAGAAGUAUUAUUUUAUCCUAUCCCAGGUAUUCCUUAAAGAGGUGGGGUUUCAAGUGUCUCCGGAAGGUGGUGAGUGACUCCGCUGUCCUGGCGUCGUGAGGGAGUUUGUUCCACCAUUGGGGUGCCAGAGCAGCGAACAGUUUUGACUGGGCUGAGCGGGAACUGUGCUUCCGCAGAGGUAGGGGGGCCAGCAGGCCAGAGGUGGAUGAACGCAAUGCCCUUGUUUGGGUGUAGGGACUGAUCAGAGCCUGAAGGUACGUAGGUGCCGUUCCCCUCACUCCGUAGGCAAGCACCAUGGUCUUGUAGCAGAUGCAAGCUUCAACUGGAAGCCAGUGGAGUGUGCGGAGGAGCGGGGUGAUGUGAGAGAACUUGGGAAGGUUGAACACCAGACGGGCUGCGGCAUUCUGGAUGAGUUGUAGGGGUUUAAUGGCACAGGCAGGAAGCCCAGCCAACAGCAAGUUGCAGUAAUCCAGACGGGAGAUGACAAGUGCCUGGAUUAGGACCUGUGCCGCUUCCUGUGUAAGGCAGGGUCAUACUCCGAAUGUUGUAGAGCAUGAACCUACAGGAUCCGGUCACCGCCUUGAUGUUAGCGGAGAACGACAGGGUGUUGUCCAGGGUCACGCCAAGGCUCUUUGCACUCUGGGAGGAGGACACAACGGAGUUGUCAACUGUGAUGGCGAGAUCAUGCAACGGGCAGUCCUUCCCCGGGAGGAAGAGCAGCUCCGUCUUGCCGAGGUUCAGCUUGAGGUGGUGAUCCGUCAUCCACACUGAUAUGUCUGCCAGACAUGCAGAGAUGCGAUUCGCCACCUAGUUGUCAGAAGGGGGAAAGGAGAAGAUUAGUUGUGUGUCGUCUGCGUAGCAAUGAUAGGAGAGGCCAUGUGAGGAUAUGACAGAGCCAAGUGACUUGGUGUAUAGCGAGAAUAGGAGAGGGCCUAGAACUGAGCCCUGGGGGACACCAGUGGUGAGAGCACGUGGUGCGGAGACGGAUUCUCGCCACGCCACUUGGUAGGAGCGACCUGUCAGGUAGGACGCAAUCCAAGAGUGAGCCGCGCCGGAGAUGCCCAACUCGGAGAGGGUGGAGAGGAUGAUCUGAUGGUUCACAGUAUCAAAGGCAGCAGACAGGUCUAGAAUGACAAGAGCAGAGGAGAGAGAGAGUUAGCUUUAGCAGUGCAGAGAGCCUCCAUGACACAGAAGAGCAGUCUCAGUUGAAUGACCAGUCUUGAAACCUGACUGGUUUGGAUCAAGAAGGUCAUUCUGAGAGAUGGCAAGAGAGUUGGCUAAAGACGGCACGCUCAAGAGUUUUGGAGAGAAAAGAAAGAAGGGAUACUGGUCUGUAGUUGUUGACAUCGGAAGGAUCGAGUGUAGGUUUUUUGAGAAGGGGUGCAACUCUCGCUCACUUGAAGACGCAAGGGACAUAGCCAGCGGUCAAGAAUGAGUUGAUGAGCGAGGUGAGGUAAGGGAGAAGGUCACCGGAGAUGGUCUGGAGAAGAGAGGAGGGGAUAGGGUCAAGCGGGCAGGUUGUUGGGCGGCCGGCCAUCACAAGUCGCAAGAUCUCAUCUGGAGAGAGAGGGGAGAAAUAAGUCAAAGCAUAGGGUAGGGCAGUGUGAGCAGGACCAGCAGUGUCAUUUGACUUAACAAACGAGGAUCGGAUGUCGUCAACCUUCUUUUCAAAAUGGUUGACAAAGUCAUCCACAGAGAGGGAGGGGAGGGGAGGGGGGGGGGGGGGGGGGGGGGGUGAGGAGGAUUCAGCAGGGAGGAGAAGGUGGCAAAGAGCUUCCUAGGGUUAGAGGCAGAUGCUUGGAAUUUAGAGUGGUAGAAAGUGGCUUUAGCAGCAGAAACAGAGGAAGAAAAUUUAGAGAGGAGGGAGUAAAUAGAUGCCAGGUCCGCAGGGAGUCUAGUUUUCCUCCAUUUCCGCUCGGCUGCCCGUAGCCCUGUUCUGUGAGCUCGCAAUGAGUCGUCAAGCCACGGAGCAGGAGGGGAGGACCGAGCCGGCCGGGAGGAUAGGGGACAUAGAGAGUCAAAGGAUGCAGAAAGGGAGGAGAGGAGGGUUGAGGAGGCAGAAUCAGGAGAUUGGAGGGAGAAGGAUUGAGCAGAGGGAAGAGAUGAUAGGAUGGAAGAGGAGAGAGUAGCGGGAGAGAGAGGGCGAAGGUUGCGACGGCGCAUUACCAUCUGAGUAGGGGCAGUGUGAGAAGUGUUGGAGGAGAGCGAGAGAGAAAAGGAUACAAAGUAGUGGUCGGAGACAUGGAGGGGAGUUGCAGUGAGAUUAGUAGAAGAACAGCAUCUAGUAAAGAUGAGGUCAAGCGUAUUGCCUGCCCUGUGAGUAGGGGGGGAUGGUGAAAGGGUGAGGUCAAAAGAGGAGAGGAGUGGAAAGGAGGCAGAGAGAAAUGAGUCAAAGGUAGACGUAGGGAGGUUAAAGUCACCCAGAACUGUGAGGGGUGAGCCAUCCUCGGGAAAGGAACUUAUCAAGGCGUCAAGCUCAUUGAUGAACUCUCCAAGGGAACCUGGAGGGCGAUAAAUGAUAAGGAUGUUAAGCUUGAAUGGGCUAGUGACUGUGAUAGCAUGGAAUUCAAAUGAGGAGAUAGACAGAUGGGUCAGGGGAAAAAGAGCGAAUGUCCACUUGGGAGAGAUGAGGAUUCCUGUGCCGCCACCCCGCUGACCAGAUGCUCUCGGGGGUAUGCGAGAACACAUGGUCAGACGAGGAGAGAGCAGUAGGAGUAGCAGUGUUUUCAGUGGUAAUCCAUGUUUCCGUCAGCGCCAAGAAAUCGAGGGACUGGAGGGUAGCAUAGGCUGAGAUGAACUCUGCCUUGUUGGCCGCAGAAUGGCAGUUCCAGAGGCUGCCGGAGACCUGGAACUCCACGUGGGUCGUGCGUGCAGGGACCACCAGGUUAGAGAGGCAGCAGCCACGCGGUGUGAGGCGUUUGUAUAGCCUGUGCGGAGAGGAGAGAACAGGGAUAGACAGGCUACAGAAAAUGGCUACAAUAAUGCAAAGGAGAUUGGAAUGAAAUUAACUAAACGUCUGGGAAAGCGAGAGAGCGGAGCCUCCCUCACUUACGUUUCACUGAAACACCCAAAUAUAACUCUCCCAACUUCCACCUCAGAAACUAUAAUUGUUGUAAACUACAGCAGUUCAAUGUUUUCUAGGAAUAGACUAACUUAGUUUAUUCAGAUAGCUAACUUGGUACAGUAUUCUUCAGUGAAAACCGUCCAGGGCACCUAGUCCUAUGACGCCACAGCCAACUAGCAUGCCAGCCUCCAACAACACGGUUUAGCACCAAUACUCGGCCACAACAAACCACCAGUGUGUCAACACGCCAAGCAGAUCAUUCGUGUCCGUGUCUAACGUUGUGGGUUAGUCCCGACAGCUUGAGUGAGUCCGUCGUCAACUUAUUCAGCCAGUUAGUUAGCUAGAAUAGUUAGCAUACUAGCUAGCCAUUGCUCUCUGUCAAUGAACCAACCCCUCCUCCCACGGCACGAACACACCGAGAGAGCCAAGCUAACGUUAACUAGUCACCCAUGUCCCGAAUUCCCUUGAACGACUCUGGCUACCAGUAUGUAAAAACAAAACACAAAUGUAGGUUUUAACUUACCCCUAGCAGCUACUGUUAGCUAGCCAAGUGCAAAGCUAGCCACUGAAUCGACUCGGCCAGUUCGCGUCUGUUCGCUAGGUCGUUCCAGCUAUUGUUUAGUUAGCUAUCCAGGUAGCAACAAGCUAGCUACAUUUCGAGCACAGUAGCUACUUACUACCCAACGUUAACGCUUCAGACAAUGAGGUUAGAAAAACAGCUGAAUGGUAGGCAUUAUUGUAUGUAAUUAUUGUAGGCAGCUAGCUGGCGUAAUUACAGGUACUCUCAAGCGUGAAACAACUAUCCACAGUUGCUAAUAGUUACCAGUAGCUACCUGCUAGCUAGUCCAGGUAGUGGGUUAGCUAGCCUUGUGCUUCACCGGGCUCAGCCGAAUACAAUACUUACCUACAAUAAUUACAUACAAUAACCCACGAUAACUACCUACAAUACCUAACUACAGUCUAAAUACAUAGUUUAAGCUUUACUCGACACCAUAUAAGCCAAGCUUACCUCCUGCCAGAGAGAGACACAACCUCACCCGACGACGGCUAUCCGCCAAAGUUGGCCCUAAGCAUACUGCUAAAGCAACACUUUACGGGGAAACAUUUACAUGUCUUGGAAUGGCCUAGUCAAAGCCCAGACCUCAAUCCAAGUGAGAAUCUGUGGUAUGACUUAAAGAUUGCUGUACACCAGCGGAACCCAUCCAACUUGAAAGAGCUGGAGCAGUUUUGCUUUGAAGAAUGGGCAAAAAUCCCAGAGGCUAGAUGUGCCAAGCUUAUAGAGACAUACCCCAAGAGACUUGCAGCUGUAAUUGCUGCUAAAGGUGGCUCUACAAAGUAUUGACUUUGGGGGGGGCGGAAUAGUUAUGCAUGCUCAAGUUCUGUUUUUUUGUCUUAUUUCUUGUUUGUUUCACCCCAAAAAAUAUUUUGCAUCUUCAAAGUGGUAGGCAUGUUGUGUAAAUCAAAUGAUACAAACCCCCCAAAAAAUCCAUUUUAAUUCCAGGUUGUAAGGCAACAAAAUUGGAAAAAUGCCAAGGUGGGUGAAUACUUUUGCAAGGCACUGUAUUGCGGAUGACUCAACACUAUUCACGUCAGCUACUACAGCGACUGAAAUUAUUGCAACACUUAACAAAGAGCUGCAGUUAGUCUCAGAAUGGGUGGCAAGGAAUAAGUUAGUCCUAAAUAUUUCUAAAACUAAAAGCAUUGUAUUUGGGACAAUUCAUUCACUAAACCUCAACUAAAUCUUGUAAUUAAUAAUGUGGAAAUUGAGCAAGUUGAGGUGACUAAACUGCUUGGAGUAACCCUGGAUUGUAAACUGUCAUGGUCAAAACAUAUUGAUACAACAGUAGCUAAGAUUGAGAGAGGACUGUCCGUAAUAAAGUGUUGUUCUGCCUUCUUAAUAACACUAUCAAUAAGGCAGGUCCUACAGAUCCUAGUUUUGUCGCACCUGGACUACUGUGCAAUCGUGGUCAGGUGCCACAAAGAGGGACUUAGGAAAAUUGCAAUUGGCUCAGAACAGGGCAGCACAGCUGACCUUUAGAUGUACACAGAUAGCUAACAUUAAUAAUAUGCAUGUCAAUCUCUCCUGGCUCAAAGUGGAGGAGAGGUUGACUUCAUCACUACUUGUAUUUGUGAGAGGUAUUGACAUGUUGAAUGCACCGAGCUGUCUGUUUGAACUACUGGCGCACAGCUCAGACACCCAUGCAUACCUCCACAAGAUGCCACAAGAGGUCUCUUCCCAGUCCCCAAGUCCAGAACAGACUAUGGGAGGCACACAGUACUACAUAGAGCCAUGACUACAUGGAACUCUAUUCCACAUCAAGUAACUCAUGCAAGCAGUAGAAUUAGAUUUAAAAAAACUGAUAAAGGUACACCUUAUGGAACAGCAGGGACUGUGAAGCAACACAAACAUAGGCACAGACACAUGCAUACAAACACACAAUAACAUAUGCACUAUACACACACAUACACAUGGAUUCUGUGUUGUAGAUAUGUGGUAGUAGAGUAGGGGUCUGAGGGAACACAAUGUGUUGUGAAAUCUGUUGUAAAUGUAUUGUAAUGUUUUUUUUAAAAUUGUAUAACUGCCUUAAUUUUGCUGGACCCCAGGAAGAGUAGCUGCUGACGGGGAUCCAUAAUAAAUACAAAUACUUGUUGCAAGCGAAUGACCUGUCCCCUUCAGAGCCAUGUAAAUACAUGGCUCUGGACCCCUUUAUAAUAGUGUGUGUGUGUGUGUUGACCAAUCCUUGGUUCUGUCCACAGUACAUAAAGAAACUCCACAUGCAGGAGAGAGCCAUAGAGGAGGUAAAGCUGGCUAUCAAGCCAUUCUACCAGAAGAGGGACAUCACUAAGGACGAGUACAAGGAUAUCGUACGCAAGGCUGUCCAGAAGGUACACCUGAUCAUUCGCUCAAAAUGACAAAUUAAAAUGAGUUUUUAUGGAAACUGGAUAACACGCACAUAUUAAUGAAACCAAAGAUGUUUAUCAUGGGAGUGAAUCUUUGGAUCAAGUGUCUUUCAUUGGUUGAUGUAAGGCAGGGGUGGGUAACUGGCGGCCAUGCGGCCCGGCCCCCCUUUUGAAGGCCCUCGGACCAAUUAGUGGUGCAUCAGCAGUUUUUCUCUUAUGUCACUUUUUUUUCUUUGGGGUGGGGUAAGGGGGGGUAGAAGGAUUACUUUAUCCUAUCCCAGGUAUUCCUUAAAGAGGUGGGGUUUCAAGUGUCUCCGGAAGGUGGUGAGUGACUCCGCUGUCCUGGCGUCGUGAGGGAGCUUGUUCCACCAUUGGGGUGCCAGAGCAGCGAACAGUUUUGACUGGGCUGAGCGGGAACUGUGCUUCCGCAGAGGUGGAUGAACGCAAUGCCCUCGUUUGGGUGUAGGGACUGAUCAGAGCCUGAAGGUACGGAGGUGCCGUUCCCCUCACAGCUCUGUAGGCAAGCACCAUGGUCUUAUAGCAGAUACGAGCUUCAACUGGAAGCCAGUGGAGUGUGCGGAGGAGCGGGGUGACGUGAGAGAACUUGGGAAGGUUGAACACCAGACGGGCUGCGGCGUUCUGGAUGAGUUGUAGGGGUUUAAUGGCACAGGCAGGGAGCCCAGCCAACAGCGAGUUGCAGUAAUCCAGACGGGAGAUAACAAGUGCCUGGAUUAGGACCUGUGCCGCUUCCUGUGUAAGGCAGGGUCGUACUCUGCAAAUGUUGAAGAGCAUGAACCUACAGGAUCAGGUCACCGCCUUGAUGUUAGCGGAGAACGACAGGGUGUAGUCCAGGGUCACGCCAAGGCUCUUUGCACUCUGGGAGGACGGCACAACGGAGUUGUCAACCGUGAUGGCGAGAUCUUGGAACGGGCAGUGCUUCCCCGGGAGGAAGAGCAGCUCCGUCUUGCCGAGGUUCAGCUUGAGGUGGUGAUCCGUCAUCCACACUGAUAUGUCUGCCAGACAUGCAGAGAUGCGAUUCGCCACCUGGUUAUCAGAAGGGGGAAAGGAGAAGAUUAAUUGUGUGUCGUCUGCGUAGCAAUGAUAGGAGAGGCCAUGUGAGGAUAUGACAGAGCCAAGUGACUUGGUGUAUAGCGAGAAUAGGAGAGGGCCUAGAACUGAGCCCUUGGGGACACCAGUGGUGAGAGCACGUGGUGCGGAGACAGAUUCUCGCCACGCCACCUGGUAGGAGCGACGUGUCAGGUAGGACACAAUCCAAGAGUGAGCCGCGCCGGAGAUGCCCAACUCGGAGAGGGUGGAGAGGAGGAUCUGAUGGUUCACAGUAUCAAAGGCAGCAGAUAGUUCUAGAAGGACGAGAGCAGAGGAGAGAGAGUUAGCUUUAGCAGUGCGGAGAGCCUCCGUGACACAGAGAAGAGCAGUCUCAGUUGAAUGACCAGUCUUGAAACCUGACUGGUUUGGAUCAAGAAGGUAAUUCUGAGAGAGAUAGCAAGAGAGUUGGCUAAAGACGGCACGCUCAAGAGUUUUGGAGAGAAAAGAAAGAAGGGAUACUGGUCUGUAGUUGUUGACAUCGGAGGGAUCGACUGUAGGUUUUUUGAGAAGGGGUGCAACUCUCGCUCUCUUGAAGAUGGAAGGGACAUAUCCAGCGGUCAAGGAUGAGUUGAUGAGAGAGGUGAGAUAAGGGAGAAGGUCUCCGGAAAUGGUCUGGAGAAGAGAGGAGGAGAUGGGGUCAAGCGGGCAGGUUGUUGGGCGGGCGGCCGUCGCAAGAUUUCAUCUGGAGAGAGAGGGGAGAAAUAAGUCAAAGCAUAGGGUAGGGCAGUGUGAGCAGGACCAGCGGUGUCAUUUGACUUAACAAACGAGGAUCGGAUGUCGUCAACCUUUUCAAAAUGGUUGACAAAGUCAUCCACAGAGAGGGAGGGGGGGGGGGGGGGCAGAGUGAGUAGUGUUGGAGGAGAGCGAGAGAGAAAAGGAUACAAAGUAGUGGUCGGAGACUUGGAGGGGAGUUGCAGUGAGAUUAGUAGAAGAACAGCAUCUAGUAAAGAUGAGGUCAAGCGUAUUGCCUGCCUUGUGAGUAGGGGGGGACGGUGAGAGGGUGAGGUCAAAAGAGGAGAGGAGUGGAAAGGAGGCAGAGAGAAAUGAGUCAAAGGUAGACGUAGGGAGGUUAAAGUCACCCAGAACUGUGAGGGGUGAGCCAUCCUCGGGAAAGGAACUUAUCAAGGCAUCAAGCUCAUUGAUGAACUCUCCAAGGGAACCUGGAGGGCGAUAAAUGAUAAGGAUGUUAAGCUUGAAUGGGCUAGUGACUGUGACAGCAUGGAAUUCAAAUGAGGAGAUAGACAGAUUGGUCAGGGGAAAAAGAGAGAAUGUCCACUUGGGAGAGAUGAGGAUUCCUGUGCCACCACCCCGCUGACCAGAUGCUCUCGGGGUAUGCGAGAACACAUGGUCAGACGAGGAGAGAGCAGUAGGAGAAGCAGUGUUUUCUGUGGUAAUCCAUGUUUCCGUCAGCGCCAAGAAGUCAAGGGACUGGAGGGUGGCAUAGGCUGAGAUGAACUCUUCCUUGUUGGCCGCAGAACGGCAGUUCCAGAGGCUGCCGGAGACCUGGAACUCCACGUGGGUCGUGCAUGCAGGGACCACCAGGUUAGAGUGGCAGCAGCCACGCGGUGUGAGGUGUUUGUAUAACCUGUGCGGAGAGGAGAGAACAGGGAUAGACAGACACAUAGUUGACAGGUUACAGAAAAUGGCUACAGUAAUGCAAAGGAGAUUGGAAUGAAAUGAACUAAACAUCUGGGAAAGCGAGAGAGCGGGGCCUGAUAGUCAGUCAAUUAGCCCAUGUCAGCUAACUUUUUUUAGAUUGCUAAGUUAGUUUAGCAGCCAGCUAUCUAAACUUGUUAUCAUGAUCAAAUUACCAGCCGGGGGGACCCCAUUGAUUUUGUUAGUCAGUUUCACUCAGAUAUCAUAUUAAAAACUGCAAAUGUUCCUCUCCGCCCCAUGUCAAAAUGUGUAGAAUUGCAAAAAACUCUGAAACGUGUAAAAUGUCUCUCUGCUGUCAAGACGGGGGCCACUAAAAUGUUUUGCUUGCAAUGAGGGGGGGGGAGGAGCCUAUGGAUGUGGGUACCGAUGUGGAGCAACUGCGGCCCUUCAUGAGUUCAGAUUUUAUGUGGCCCCCACUCCCAUAAAAGUUGCCCAUCCCUGAUAUAAUGGCUUGCCCCAACUUGUGCAAUAUGAGAGUUUACAUUCAUCGACUGAGUCUUCCACUAAUUCUUGCAGAAAGACAGCCAUUGUGUUUCACUGUGGAUUUAAAUAAAGUAAUUUGACUGUGCUUGUACAUUGCUUCACUUAACAUGCAUGUGAUUUGUUUUCCAUUGCGUUUCCAGGUCUGCCAUAGUAAGAGCGGGGAGAUCAACCCUGUAAAAGUGGCCAACCUGGUCAAAGCCUACGUGGACAAAUACAAACACGCGCGGAAAUAUAGGAAAGUAGAGGAUGGAGGGAAGACGCAGGAGGCAGAAACUGAUGGAACAAAUGACCCAGAGACCCCAUGA